GACUAGUGCAAGAGAGUUUGCAUCGUAGACUCUUGAUAGAGAGAGGAAGAAACACACUUCUCUCUCUAAAAUUUCUUGUGACUUGUUAUCCCACAUCAUUAGAAACAAAAGAAACACACACCCACCUCUCUUUCACUCUUCCCUUUCUAUAAUUUUCUUGAAAUUUUCUCUCUUCCAACAACCCAGAAGCUACUGAGAGAGGAAGCUACUCCUCCUCCUCCUCCUCCUUAAUCCCUAGUCAGAUCUGUAGUAGCUCAUAGUUCUGUUCUGCGCCAUACCGUGGUCAGCUCAAGAACCGUGAACCACCUGUUCUCACGGAGCUUGGUCAUCAAAUUCUACUUCCUUUCUUGAUUCUGUCUUCUGGGUUGUUCUCAUUUUCUUUUCUUUUAUUUGUUCUUUCCUCCGUCUGGUUGGUCCUGUUCUGUUCCAUUAGCAUUCGGCUUGAGUUCAAGUGAAUGAUGUCAAGGCUCGAGAAUUGUUGCAGAGUCUUGAAUUCGUCCAUUGGCUUGUAAUUCAGUUUCUCUUCUUCGCUCCUCUGAUCUGGGGUACUUCCUUUUCAUUUGCGAUUUCUCGAGAACCAAAUGGAAGGAGAUCCGGAAUUCAAGCAUGUGUGCAAAUUAUGCAGCAAGAGCUUUCCUUGUGGUAGAUCCUUGGGAGGUCACAUGAGGUCUCAUCCGACAAACAGUAGUCCAGCUGAAAUGGAUGAGAAGCAGCUCAGCCUCAACACAAAGAAGCUCUCAUCAUCCAUAAGUAGCACUGGUGCUCUCACUCCCACGAACAGCAAUAACGGUGGUUAUGGCCUGAGGGAGAAUCCCAAGAAAACAUGGAGGCUUUCUGAACUGAGCGAAGACACUUCACUUCAUGAGAAGCUCUGCAGAGAGUGUGGACAAAGGUUCAAUUCUUGGGAAGCCCUUUUUGGCCACAUGAAGCGACACUCGGAGAAGGAGAGAGUUCCCGCAGACAACAGCUUGGAGGAUCGAGAUUCGAGGACUAGCGAUGAUCGGAAGUUGGCUAUGGACAGCGAAUCGGAUGGUGAAGUCAUCAUCACAAAUCGAAGGAGGCGAUCGGAGAGGAGAAAGAGGUACAUCGUCACAACUGCUACGGCUUCUUCAUCUUUAUCUUUUGCCAAUGCUCCUUCUUGUGUUUCCGAAAUUGAGCAAGAACAAGAAGAGGUGGCCAUGUGCUUGAUGAUGCUCUCUAGGGAUGUGGUUGGUCAUAAUAGAGGUGCUUUAGAUUUUGUUGCUGAGUCAUCUGACAAUAGAAGUAGGAGUGACGUUAAGAAUCUGUCCUCCGAUCCUAAGAAAGUUUUGAAGUUGGAGAAAGUGAAAGAGAACAAUUGUGAGUCUGGUUCUUUAGGACGUGGUGAAUUGCCUCUGCUGGAUCAAUCAAAAACAGAACUUUCUUCUUCGGGGAAAAGUUCAAGAAACAGGUCCGGGAUGGACAAUUCGAAUGAAAUUCACAAGUUUAAGGCCAAAAACAAAUCGAAGCGUGAGGUUCCUGAGCUUAGCGUGGCGAAGGAUUCGGCCGAGGCAGCCGGGUUUGAUCGGAUCCAGAAGAAGUCCUUCGAGUGCGACAAAAGUAAGAGGAAAUUCUCUGACUGUGAUGAUCCCGAGUUGAGGGUCAAAUCCUUGAAGAAAUUAACUGAUGGUUUUCCGGAAUCUGGGAAGGUCCUAGAUUGUCGUGAAAAGAGCAAAUUCGAGUGUACUAUCUGCAACAAGAUUUUCCACUCUUACCAAGCUCUGGGAGGCCAUAAAGCUAGCCACAACAAAACCAAGGAAAACUCUGCUGCCAGGAAAGAAAGACUCGCGAACAGGGUAGCAGCUGAAGUUUCGCCUGCCCCAAUCGGUAACAGCCAUGAUAAGCUCGUGAAAUCAUGCAAAAUUGAGAAGGGAAAUGCCGAUGGCAUGACUCAUUUGUCUGGUCAGAAAGUUGAGGAUUUUAAUGGGUUGAACAAGUGCAAGAAGCAGCACGAGUGUCCGGUUUGCCUCAAGAUCUUCUCAUCAGGCCAAGCUUUGGGUGGUCACAAAAGAUCUCAUUUACUGCCUACAAACGCUCGGUCCCUUGUCAUUACAAAACCGAUCCCGGAAAUUCGGGACUUCCUGGAUCUCAACCUGCCAGCUCCAGCAGAAGACCAUAAAAACCAUCAACAAGACGAAGAAGAAGAAGAAGAAGAAGAAGAAGGUAGCAGCCAUGUCAGCUUCAGUUCAUGGUGGGUGGGAAGCAACCCCAACAAUCAUGUGGCUCUCACUGGUCUCAACUGCUGAUAGAUCUUUCCUGGUGUUGACUUGACCCCUAAAAAGAUUCAAAGAGUGUACAGGCAAGUUUCUUGACAUUAACUUUUUCCUUCCUUUCCCUAUUUACGAUCCUCCAACCGUUCAUAUACUCAGUCGGAAGAAGUGGAAUCCAGAUCCUCACAGCCAUCAUUUGUGAACAAGUCUUUGUCUCUUCUUGCGGUACAUUGAACCUGUAAUCUUAAUUCGGCAUUGAACACCCUUUUUUUUCUUUUUUUUAAUCUCUUCUCAACCUCUCAUUCCCCACAGCACCAGCUGCAACUUUUCUUGAAUCAGAAGCACAGUGUUCGGCGUCGGUAA